CAGGACACACACACACACACGCACACACACACGUACGUAUUCCAGGAAGUGGAACCUUUUCAACAAGUUAAAGCUAACCAACAAGCCUUUCCUAGACGAGGUGCCACGAAACCACCAUGCUCAAAAGUUCAGUGAUUUCACGACGGAGCUGAAUUGUUGGACGGCAUGCAUUCAUCAAGAGUUACAGCCUUUUUAUUCUUUUAUUAUUUUUUCCUUGCGGUUUCAGGGGUCCAGAGGCUGACACUAACCCCUGACCGAGGCACCACCCUCAACAUCAGCAGCCAGGUCAAAGGAUCAGCAUGCAAAGUAUGCUCAGGGGCAAGGCGCAGGUGUGACACAACUUUGGUAUUAAAAGAUAGCACCCCAGUCGUGGUAGAAUUUGAUUGCCGCCGACCUGAAGAUGUGUUCAGAGUGGAGAUCAUAAGAAAUAUAGAAUGUACCACAAAGUCAUGCAGCGGUGACAUCAUUCAGGCGGACUCAGGCCUCCAUUUGUGGCUGGAUUUCCACCGCACCUUCACUUGGAACUUGAAAGCCUCAGUACUGAAAGCAAUCCAAGUGGACUUCUCUAAAGUGGGUCUGAGACAAAUGAGUCCGUCUGUAAACUGUCCAGACAGACACGCUUACACCAUGAAGGCCUUCCAGGCGACAGGGACUGUGGUCAUCGGCAAAUACUGCAGAGCAGGCCCUAUCAGUAGUGCUCAGAUACUAAAUGAAGGUAGCUUCUCUUUGGAUGCUCCACCAGGACUGAAGCUGCAAAGUGACCAGUUUGGUGUGUCUGUUGGGGAGGAAAUUAAAUCCCUUGCCAAAAUCACAGUAUCUUUGCCACACCAAAGCUCUUCCAUUGAGUUGCUCUCUCCAAACUUCCCGGAGAGCUUUCCUGAUGACGAUGUGAUGGAGUGGUACUUUCACAUUGAGGCAAAACAAAAGGCAAAUGUCGAGUUCCUGAACCUCACACAGCCUCGUUGUCUUAAGAAGGAAACUGCGGCAGAGUAUCACAGCAAAGGCAGAGAGGCGCUGGUGCUGCGUCUGACGGACACCCAGCCGGUCCAGAAUCGGGGGGAUUUCACUUUGACUUUGAGGAAUUGUGAGAUGGACAGAAGACGAGCUGGUUCUCCGGGACUCUCCGUGAAAAUCAAGGUGUCAGCUUCAAGGGCGAGUUCACAAGUGUUGUGUGGUGUGGACCUGAGGAAAAUGAAGGUCCUUUCUCUUCACUUGGAAAGGCUGAGCAAAGCCUCUGAAUGUGAGAUGAAGAUGAACUCUGUGACCAUGGAGAAGAUCACAGUCCCAUCCGGAAGCGUUACUCAGCUGUCUUUCCAGGACUGCCUUCCUAAUGACGUCUUAGUCACUGCCAGUGGAGUCAUUGGUUGUACUCAACUUAAAGAUUGCCCGAAGAGUCCAGUUCCUCUUUCGGUGCCUUCGCUGCCAAGCUGCCUCCCAGGCCCUCUUCGUGCUGUGACCUGGGCACUCCGCCCUCCCCUGCACGGCACCGUCGAGCUGACCUCUUCAAUCGGUCCACUCCAACAGCACCUGCCGGGGCAGCCGUGCAACGACAGCAUCAUCACGGUGUCGGAAGAUGAUGGAGCUACUGUAGGCCACUUCUGUCCUCAGGGGGCCAUUCAGAAGGUCCAAAUCCACACCAAGAUAUCUGUCACUGUGACCAGAAAGGGUGGCCAAGCACUAAGACCUGCUGUGAAGCCUCUAUUGAUGGCCAGUUUGAAAGAGGAGAUAGCAGAAAGAUACAUAUUCACUGUAUCCCCCAAAAGAGACAAGACUGUCCUUUUGGCAACACCUGGUUGGCCAGAGGGGAUGGAGUCCUACGCCACUGUCUCCUGGAUCAUGUCACUUCCCCCCAAGAUGGAGGCACACCUGAUGUUUUUCAACAUCAGUCAGCCCAAGUGCGCCAACCGCCACACUAACAUCCGGGUGCAGAGGAUCGGUAGUCUGGAGGAGGACUACAGUCGCAGGGAGGACGAGGAGGCUGAGGAGACCAGUGUCGCAGAGAACUUCUACCUCAACAUGUCCAACUGUAUGCCUGAGAGAGGAGACUUCAAGGUCAUCACAGAGCUUACCCUCCAAAAGAGUGCGAACAUGAUGUUGGUUACCAUCGUGAGUGUGGUCGCUGCGCUGGUGUUGCUUUUUAUUGUCGUGUUGGUGGUGGUCUGUUUUGUAAUUAAGAAGAAGAAAAAGAAGCUUGAACAUCAGGUGUCCAUCUACAAUCCCAAUGGCACUGACUUCCGAGCAGGACACAAUGGCUUCCCAAAAUCACGUGAGGACAACGAGUCUCAUGUGUACGCCUCCAUUGAGGACACGCUGGUUUACACCCACCUGCUUAGAAAGGGGGCAGAGAUGGGCGUCUACACAGAGUCGGAUACCUACCAGCCCUUCAUGGAGCAAACAUUGGUGUCUAAAGAUGGCAACACCAUGGAGGUGGCAGUUUACCAGGAUUAUCUUUUGUCAGAUCAACAGGCUCCCCCACUUCCCAACAGGCCCCCUAGUCACAACCAAGCCCUUGUGGACAAUGUGAUUUACCAGUCCCAGCCCUCGCUGGAUGAGCAUUCCGCUAAAAUGGGGCCACGGCUGGAGCCAGAGGGAGGCAACUGAUUGGAUGCGGCUUUUCUGAUUCCUUCAACUUUUGGAGAUUUAAUAUUCCUGGGUAGCUGUGUGAUUGCCUGCUGCUCACCCUCACAAGACAUAGUUUUUUUCCCCUGCUGAUAAAUUUAGACGCACAAACUGCACAUGUCCAGACCUGCCUGUGGUUGUGUGUUGUGCCUUGAUUUUGAACUUGGAUGGUGGAGCUUCUCUUUGGAAAACAAAGCUGGAUCACGCUUUACCACUUUUGACCAAUGAAAAAACAGGGACUAUUUUUUAUUUUGGACAUUUGUAUUUUUGUACGGAUGGAUAGUGUUUUAUUCAUUUUUGCCAAUAAAGUGAUUGAAAAGAGAUCCUCUAUUACAGUGAUUCUCAACUGGUGGGUCACGACCGCACUGAGCCGUUUUCAGUCACGAUAAAAUAGAGUAAUGGCCAGAUGUCCAUGAAUGCACCAUGUGCAGGUGAUAUUCACUUCCUACACCACCACAACGUGCGUGCCAUGUUUAUAGGCAAUUUGGUCAAGCUUGAGCAGGAGGGGAAAGACUUAAUGGACUUAAUGCGCCGUCCAUCCAACACACAGCUAGACUAGAAAAUAUCACAGCAUAAAGCAAAAGCUCACGUUUUGCAUGAAGGAAAUCCACUCACAAUGAAGACCAUGUAUACUAUGACCGUACUGGGAGGCGUUUUAUGCCCAAUUCAAUCUAUUGACCCAGGCAAGUCUUCUCCACACCAAGGUUACUAGGCUGAUAUGGCCCAGAAUUAAGUCAAAACAGAAACAUUGGCAAAGAAUGUUUAGUUUAUGUCAACUACACUAAGUGUUAUCGGGACAGCGAAGGAGCCAGCUAUCAUCUGCUGGCGUCACAGGCUUCGGCAAGGAAUUCAGGAGAAAGUUAUCCUAGGAGGGACUGGCGCCAAUGGUCUGAGCAAACAAGUAUAAAAUUGACUAUGGGACAAUCGGGCAGGAGCUCUCUUUCAUUUUCAGCAAGGAGAUGGGCACAGGGUCCAGGGACCUGUAGACUGCGGAAACUAU